AUGGUCUGGGACAAAUUCAACCGCUCCAAUGGCGGUGUUACUAUCGACUUUUAUCCAAACACACUUGACAAUAUUUUCUGGUCAAAGGAAGGCAUUGUCGCAGUUGGUGGCAGUGAUCAUGUCAGUCUUUUUGUACCACGACUCAAAGCUAUCGCAUCAGAUGAGAGAAGAUGGGACAAGAUCAACCUCAAGACAAACUUCUUCACAAUAGAGGAGAUUCAGCUCCAGCUGCCUCUGACAUGGAAAAACUUCUCUGUCGGCGAAGAAAUGUCGGAAGCCUAUAUCCAUGCUCUUGACUGGUCCCCUCCAGGCCUUGGCAAACACAAGCGAAGUGUGCUGGCCGUUCUUACCUCAAAUCAUAUCUUGUCAAUCUGGGAGUGUGUUGGCAAGCCGGAAAUUGCCACAGACUGGGUCAGAUCUUGUGUGAUCAACCAUGCCCUCCAGGCGCAUUACAAGGAUAUGGAUAAGCGUGAUCCGGAGGAAAGUGAGCACGAUCAUUUCGAACGCCUCAGAGCAAAGCAACGUAUUCGAGCAUUCACGUGGAGCCCGUCACCACCCGAUCCUUCGUUGUCAGGCGCUUCGGGUGAUUGCACAGCGAGAAGUCCCUACUUGGCUGUAUCGAACGACCGUGGGGAGGUCCUCAUCAUCAGACUGCAAACGCCUUACGAUGUCCUGGAGCCUGAAACUUCGCAUUGGACCUUGUCUGUUGCAGAAACCUUCAGCGUUGAUGUUUCAGAAACAAAGCAAUCACCCUUAAGUGCUUGUAUGCCAGUAACGUUCAAGUGGAGAAGCCCUUUUGUGGAUCAGUUAGCAUGGAGUCCAUGGGCUCUAGACUCGAGCAAUACGCUGACAUCAAUACUGGCUUUCACAUUGCAAUCGUCUUUGCAAUGUACCAGCGUCAAGCUCAACGAACUAGGAACUCACACUGAUGUAGUCACCACUUCUUCUGCAUUACUCCUGGGGGAAAUCUCAGACACCCAAGCUACUGGGUGCAUGAAAUGGGCUUCGAAGUUGAAUGGUACCAAGGAAGCAUUUCUUGUAUACCCGACUCGCAAGUCGUUCUACUGUCUACAGGCCCAGCCCGGUCUGAGUCUGGAUAUUCAGAUUUCGGCACAAGAGAUCAACACCCCUUGGGACGAGAUCGCCGGUCUCUGUUUCGUUCAAGACGACAACGACAAUACAUCUGUACAAAUAGCAUACCACUUGGGUUCUGGCACUGACCGUAUCACAAGUCUGGCUUUGCCCUUCACCGCAAACUCGGCGGUCGGCUCUUCUACCUGGCAACAUGAUUUACUUAGAGGUCAAAGACGCUUUAGUGAUGAGUACAACCUCGCAGGCAAUGUCAUGGCCAGAGCCUAUGGCUUGUGUACAUCACCUUUCGGCGACAUGGUCGCUGUUAAUGCCAGCUUCCACCCGAGCGAUGGAGUUGAAUACACGACGAGCUCUGAUGAGGUUUCAUAUCUGAUCACGAGUCAAUGCAACGAUGAUUUGCAAUUUGCUUUGGCUGGAUCACCUUCAAAUCCACAUGAACUCACUGCUGAGGCUUUGCUAUCCAGCUUGCAAAGUCUUUCCGUGCGCGAACCUGAGGCUUUUGCUGAUGAGAGUUUUGUCGUGGAGCAAGUUAUGCAAGCACUCGAUCUCGCAGAGUUGCCCUCAAGCUACUCGAAGCUAGGACAGAUCACAGAAGAUACGCCUGUCGACAUCAUCGUGCGACAAGUGAGACAGAACAUCUUGUUCAAUCGAGAUAGCGUUCAAAGUCGUCUUUCACAACUCCUCAAGUAUGUCAAAGGAGACAUUCCUAAGACACCGCCGCUCGAUGCUACGGUCGUGCUCAAGAUCGUGACAGAGAUAGCUAGACUACCACAUUUUGUCGCCGACGCCAGCUUCUUGAGUCAUUCAAUCAUGCAGAUACAUUGCUUGAUACUGGCGAAGCUUCAGGCUCGAGGUGGCAACUCUGAUGCUGAAGCCUCAACCUCAGAAGAGGAAGAGAUCGAAAGUUGCGAGAUCUGCCGCAAGAACAUCCCUUUCGAGAGUCUCCGAUGGGCCAAAUGUGUCAACAACCAUCAAUAUCCUCGCUGUACACUCUCUUUCCUCGCUAUCCAAACACCAGGCACAGCCAAAUCAUGUUCUAUCUGCAAUGCUCAGUACAUCAACGAGUUCGUUAUGCCUGCUUUCAAGGCUCCAGAACGCAGAGAGCCGACGAAUAUGGAUACUGGAGUAGAAGAAGAUGAUGACCUGAUGCAAGGGACCUCAGAUCAAGAGCCUCAUGUAUCUUUGGCACGCAUUCUUUUUGCGGCAUGUGAUAGAUGCGUUUGUUGCGGAGGCAAAUUUACCGGAUAG